AGUAGCAGAGUCUGUUGACAUUUUUGUUUCUCAGGCCGUAGGUGGGUGUGCAGCAGCCAGUAGAAGGUUGCCGAUCGUCCAAGUGAGUCCAGCCGAGGCAAAAAGUGGAUCAGAAAAGUGAAAAAAUGGCAAAGCACGGACUGGAGAUGAUUGCGUUCGCUCUGCAACUUGCCACUUGCUUCUUGCUGCUGCCGACCGAUGCCUACGACUCGUGUCGGGCCGACGAGCAUGCGGGGUCCGUGCUCACAGAACUCCUUGCACCGUACUGGGAGUUUAUCCGACCCGGCCCUGAGGCGCAGAAGGAACUUGCGCACGCCGAGUCUGUCGGCGUCAAACUCAGAUGGCUCGUGGAAAAGGCGCUAGAGAAGCGAAUACCCAGGGGUCGCGGCAUUCCCUGGCCGGAGGAGCGAGCAAUCAUGCUACGAAACCGGGGGCUUAUGGGAGAAGGCGAAGCGGGCAUGGUCGUACCACGGAACAAGGAAGGGACUUCUGGCGGCAGACCUUUGGUUUCUUCAGAUCCGCGCAGAGAAAAUGCGGAGAGAGAGGCCUGGUUGGUUACAAACGAAGAUGUGGCUUGUGCGUUUCAUGAGGGCAUCGCCCUUCAGCAGCUGUGCGAGACGGUGUAAUGUGUUUUUCAGUACGAAGCUUUGAGCUCGUUGCGACUCUAUCAUGAGUACUAAUCAAUACGUACAUACAACGUCAUCUUCAUUAAUUAUAUCGAUUGUGGUGCUUCAUCUGCAUCGGGAAUGUUGCUGACUUUGAAACCUUCGUCAGGUCUACAACUUCUUCAAUGCGCACAUUGGGCCGUUCAUGGAGCAAAAUCGCUGUGGCAACCUAGACGCAAGUUCUUGCAACAUCGAGCCCUUUAUUCAGAAGUUGACAACCAGCCGUGUUCUGGGUGACGCGUUGCGUGAUUUCGUGGAGUCUUGGGUACAAAGUUCAAAAAGCUUCGAAGAACUGGUGGCGCAAGACUACAGCACGGAGUCAUCGGCUGCCGCACCCCCGGCAGAGAUUUUCUCGGACGCCAAACGGUUGGAGCGUAUCCAAAGCCGGCUACUAGACGAAAAUUUGCUUCUCGCCGCGGGCAGCACCACCACUGCAGAGACGAUUGCAGGAAAAACAAGCAAAACGCUUCUAGAGGAUGUUGACGGCGGUAGAAGUAGUAGAGAAGCAGCAGCACAAGAAGUGCGCGACAUUCUUGCAGGCUCGGAUGUCUCGGAAUUGCGGGACACGGACCUGGAGGGCGAACUAGUGCAGCACGAUUUGCUCCUUUUGCCGCGGCUGGAAGAUCAAUCCGAAGCCAAAACAAAUCCAACGGGGGAGACAAAACAAGGGACAGAUCAUGCCAGUAGUUUCGCAGAAUUGUCACCUUUUUCGUCGCGAAAAAAACAACUUACGAGCCCCUACCAGUGCCCUCGGUUUCUGAAUAUGCACCUGGAUCUCAUCGCCCAGGGCUCAAACGGGCACUGGAUUUUGCAGACUUUGCGCGACUACGAGUCCGUCGACGAUCGGUUCCAGCUUCAGCACCGUUUUCGACACUGGAUGAACGGGUUUCUGGAGGCACGGGAGAAGCUGCUGCAGAUUAUCAAAGUCAAAAAAGCCCCCACCCCAUAUCGGACACGAAAUUUGUGAUGCUGUAUUUGAGUACACAAAUCGACUUGUAUUGCUAGAAGGCCAAGAGACGCAGCUGCGGCCUGAAUUGCAGGCAAUCUGUCAUGCUGUUUCCCACUUCCAGUUGCCUCCUGUCAUGCUGGAGCUGCAAGCCUUUCCCACGCUAGGCAGCACUACAGUCCGCAUCUUUUGCCUUCUAGCAUCACAAAGCCACAAAUCUGCAUCACAGAUUUCCGUUUUGAUAUGGGGAGGGGGCAUUUUUCCUCACAAUGCAGAUCUGGAAAAUGAGGAAGGACAUCACCGGGAUGCUCGCGCCGCACCGACAGUACAAGUCCAUGGACGACUUUCGCGACUUUUCCCAAAUCGACUGGAACUGGCUACGGCUACCGAACUCGUGGUCGUUGGACCGAGGGCUGAAACGGUGGAACGUCGUUUGCGCCUUGGUGGAGCAAGCCGUGUGGGAAAAAUUUCGCGUCUGGCGCGGGACGGAGUACACCGACGCAAAAAGUAGAACUUCGAAAGGACGAUUUUCGCAGAAGAACGUGAUCCACGUGGCGGAAAUCGGCGUCUUCGUCGGCGAGACGUCACUGUAUUUGCUCAGCCGCUGUUUUCGGCACCUCUACCGAGAGUCGAAUAUCCUGGUCCAGUACCAUCUCAUCGACCCGUGGGAAGUGGAUGCAUUCGGCGGCUUUCUCGACUUCUAUCGUGCGACCAAGGGCUACACGGAGCAAACCGGGCACGACGUGUAUCGAAAUUUAGUGCAGAAGCUCGGGAAUGCAACCAGUUUGUAUGAAACCAGCGACAACGAGGACGUCGCAGGGACCACGCCGGAAGGAACAUCAACAAGCAAGGUAGCGGAAGAUGAGAUUUCGACGGUUGCGGGAGAGGAGCAACGCACGAACUCCGCGCUUUGUUUGAAAAAAAGAAUUAACCACGAGCGCUCCCCCGUUCCGCUUUUCGAGGUCAAGUAUCGCGACCUCCACGGGAAAGAAAUGUGCGCGGGAGAAAAGAUUCCGGAAAAUAGGCCGGGCGUGUUCUUCCACCGGGUCUUUUCGCACCAGGCGAGCAAGAGGCUAAGUGUCCUCGAUGUCCUUUAUGUGGACGGGGAGCACAGUUUUCACGGCGUGCACACGGAUCUGAAGCACUUCGUGCCCCUCACACGGUACGUGGUCGCGGGGCACGACUUUGACUACUACAAAUUUCCGGGGGUCACCAUGGCCGUGUUGAACGCCAAAGUGCCUACCACGGACGCGUUCCGGCAGUACGGAUUCAGGUUUCAACAAGAACUCUACCUCGACUCUGAUACCACUUGGUGGAGUCGACUGAAUAGAAUGAAAUAAAAAAAAGACGACGUCUUGAUGCUCUAUCUAAAAAAAAUAAGACAUUCGAGAACGGAUUGGACUUCGCAAAAAGACGAAGGAAAUAACGCGCGAACCGAUGACGGCCAUGGCUAUGCGUAAUACAUGGUUUAUCAAGAAACCAUGUGUGAAUGUGAUUCAUCAUCUGAAGUUUCUGCUUUCCACUCCUCCCGCAGUGACUCUCAAACAA